CCUGCUCCCCAACUGCUGUGGCACGUCUGCUUUCUGUCAGCAUGCCCCCCUCCUUCAGUUUCAGCUCCAAACAUGGUCAUCCCUCUCUCUCUAACCCUCUCCCUCGCUCCCUCUAUCAUUCUCCCUCUCUCUCUAACCCUCUCCCUCUCUCAUAAACAUUUUGACAUGAGAUUCCUAAACCCCUCUGCAAGAUUAGGGAGGGGGGUCGAAGAGAAGAGAGCGAGGGAGGGGGAGAGAGAGUUUCGGCACUGAAAGUCUGACUCUGCCUGAAGACGUCCAUUUCAGCUCCUUGCUUCGGUGAAAACUCUUAGAACGCUUUAAGAAACAGAAAUUUUUAUUUCCACAUUUUUCAUUUAACCUCAGAAUUGAUUUAGUAAAUUUGACAGAACAGCUUGGAGGAAUAACCAUGGACUCUUUCUUGUGCAUAACUCUGUCUUUUUUUAGAUGAAGCGGUUUCACUUUCUGUCUUUUUGGGAAGUGGACUCGCCUCUUCCGGGCGUUUCUGACGGGGUGUUUUCGUUUCCACUGAGAGGUUGGGAGGAGGUUGAAGGGAGGGCACGUUUCACUUCUGCAGGUUUCUGCUGGCGUCCGCGCGCAUGAACACACUUCUGUUCUUAAAACUGGAGGCUCUGCUGUUUAUAUUUAUGGAUAUAGUUUUAUAGGGGGGGGGUUGCGAGCAUGUGGGAGGGGAACUCCUCUCUGCUGUGGGGCCUGGUUCGGGGGCCCCCGCCCCGCCAGGACUGGGCUGACGGGACGGAGGACGGGCUGUACCAGCUGGGGAGCGUCCUGCUCGCGCUGGGGUACAUGGGGGGCAGCGGGGCAUUUGGGGCGGUGUACACGGUCAGCUGCCUGCUGCUGGCCUUCCUGUGCCAGGCCCUGUGGGGCUGGCUGUCCGUGUGCGCGGCGGGCGUGCUGGCAUGGGGCGUCCUGCUGGGGGCGCUGUGUUUGCUGCGGCUGGGGGGCCUGCUGCUGCGGCUGCGCUGGGACGCCCUGCCGGGGGGGGAGCUGGGCGCUCUGUACCGGGCCGUGUUCCGGCCCCUGGGGGCCCCCCCCGCCGCGUUCCGCCGGCUGACCCAGGCCUGCGGCGGCCGCGUCUGGGCGCUCGGCGAGGAGCAGGACUACGCGCAGGAAGGGACCACGCCCAUCGACCAGCUCUCCUUCCUGCUGUCGGGGAGGGUUCGAGCGUCUCUGGACGGCCAGUUUGUUCAGUACAUUUUCCCCUUUCAGUUCCUGGAUUCACCUGAGUGGGAGUCCCUGAGGCCUAUGGAGGAGGGGAAGUAUCAGGUGACGCUGACGGCGGAGACGGACUGUCGCUAUGUGACGUGGCCGCGGCGGCGGCUGCAGGCGCUGUUGGCGGGGGACCGCUACCUGGCGCACCUGUUCUCCGUCCUGCUGGGCAGCGACAUCGCCGACAAGCUCUACGCCCUCAACCAGCGGCUCUUCAUCAAGCACGGCCUCAUCCUCGACAUCCGCCUGCCCGGCCUCUACUUCGCCCUGGCCCCGCCCUCCCCCUCCGCGGACCCCUUCUCCGCCCCCCCGCCAGCGUCAGGGAUAGGCUCGUCGCCUGGCGACCACGGUGACCGUGGCGACAGCCGCUCCCGGUCCAGCCCCGCCCGCACCACACCGCCCCCUGGUGGGGACCCCCCCGGUCUGGCCCUGGAGGGCUUCAGCGAGGUGGCAGGGGGGAGUGCACCACUGACGGGCAGUACCUGAAGUAGUGGAUAGUAGGCCACACCUCCUCCUGGAUCCUCCCCCCCCCCACUCCCCCCACUCAGAGAGAGGCGGGGCACUUCUCGCCCCCACGGACACACCCACACUGUGG